UUUAUUUCCCUUUUCAUUGGAAAUAAAACCCCCAAUCCUUAACACUUCUCAUAUUAUCUCUCUCGCGCACAAUGCUCGGUGCUCAGUUUGGCUCCCGUACAUUCUCCACUUUCUGGGUUUUCUCUGAUUCAUCAAAUGCUUGUAACCCAACACCCACCUUUUCUUUUCCUUCGCUUCGCUUCUCUUCAAUCCGCUUGCAUUUCGCGUCGAAUCGCCGUCCGUCGCCGAAACGGGUCGUCAUUUCUUGUCACUCGAUCCAUGGUAGUUUCGGGCCCCAAUUUAGCAACGAGGAAGACCCAGAUCACCAGUUUCUCGAAGCUUCUCUUCUCCUUUCAGAAACUGCUUCGCACUACCGGAUGUUAAGGGGAUUUAAAGAAGAAAUAAAAUGGAAGUCAUCUAGGAAGCAGCAUCCCAUCUCAAGGCCUAAAAGUACUUCAAUUGGACAAUCCUUUCUUAGUCGAUUUCCCAGUCCGACUAUUUUUCUUAAGAUUUCUUGUGAUGGAGAUUUCUUGCUACCCAUUAUUGUAGGGGAAUUUGCCGUUGAAAAACUAAUAGCUCACUUUUGGGGAGAUGAGAAUGGGGCUCGUCCAGACCAGUUUCAUCUUGUUAAACAUGUUGCGGAGAGGUUUGGUUAUGAAGUUAAAAUGGUGAGAAUUACAGAAAGAGUUGUCAAUACUUACUUUGCGAAGUUGUAUUUUACCAAGCCAGGGGAAAAUGAUGUGAUAAGUGUGGAUGCACGGCCCUCAGAUGCCAUCAAUGUGGCUAUGAGAUGCAAGGCUCCAAUCUAUGUAAGUAAACAAAUCGUCCUGGAAGAUGCGACUAGAAUCAGCUAUGGGAUGGGCAGAGUGCGUGAUACAAAAUCUGCUUAUGAUGUAUUGCUUGACAGUGCUGUAGAUGGCCCGGAUUUGCUAACAGAGGAGCUGAAUCUGGUGAGGAAUAUAAAUUUAGCUGUCAAAGAAGAAAGGUACAAUGAUGCAGCAAUGUUAAGAAACAAACUAAUGAAGCUACUCCACUCAAGUGAUGAUCAGUAAUGAUUUUUGUGAGCUAUAGUUUGCUUUGGAUUUCACUAUUCAAAGUGGAAGAGUAUAUCAUCUGGUUUUGGAGUUUCACCAGCUGCUCAGUACUUGGGUUAUUGUAGUUUAUAGAGCUCUGGAAGUUUUUAUGCUAAAGUAAUCAGCAGGGAGAACCAAUAACCUGUUAACCUAGAAUUUCAGUGUUUAAGAUAAGCAUGAGUGAAAUUCCUGGAAUGAAAAUGCAUAAUCCUGCUUUA